AUGCUUGGUCCAAUGUUAAUUGGUGUGGCAGUGGCGGGGACGUUGCAGUUGACUGGUAUCAAUGCUGUGAUGAAUUAUGCGCCGACGAUCAUGAACAGGCUGGGGAUGGAACCUCUUGUGGGUAACGCCGUGGUGAUGAUAUGGAACUUUGUGACGACUCUGGUCUCGAUCCCGCUUGCCUCUGUUCUCACGAUGCGUCAGUUGUUCAUUGCGUGUUCGCUCGUGGCAUCCCUUGCAUGUUUGUUUCUGUGCGGUGUCCCUGUGUAUCCUGGCAUUGCAUCUACAAAGGCGAAGAACGGUGUUGCGAUCACUGGGAUUGCUGUGUUCAUUGCUGCGUUUGAGUUUGGCAUU